AUGGAUCCUUCAUAGAGAACAUCAGAAAAUAGUUUAGUUUAAAAUGAAUAAAAAAAUGAAGAAUAAGACAAAGAACAAAAGAAUAAAAACAUUUUAGAUUUGUUACCUUCUACUUUCACUUAGUUUCUGAAAGAUAAUAACAUUAAUCUAGAAUACUUUUAAGAAAUUGAAAACUUUCCUAGGUACAUUAGAUUAAAACCAGAUAUCAAAGUUUCUAUUGAGGAACUUAAAAAAGAUUUAGGUACAGAUGAUGUUUAGAAAAUAGACUAUUUGUGCAAUUUUUACUCGAUUCCAGAAAAUGUUAAAAUCGUAAAUAGCAAAUAUUAUAGUUAAGGAUUGCUUUAUGGUAUAGAUCUUAGCUCUGCUGCUGUAAUUAAAUCCUUAGACCCUUAAAAAGGUGAAAAAGUUUUGGACCUCUGCUGUUGCCCAGGUAUGAAACUUUGUAAUAUUGCUGAUAUAAUCGGGGCUGAAGGAAAGGCUUUUGGUGUUGAUAUCAAUGAAACCAGAUUAAAUACUUGCAGAAGUAUUGUUAAGAAGUAUAAGCUUGAUCAUAUCAUAAAAUUAGAACUUGCAGAUGGUACGACAUAUAAUAAAGAGAGUUAAUUUGAUAGAGUUUUAGUUGAUGCAGAGUGUACUCAUGAUGGUUCUCUCAAACACUUAGCAAAGUUUAUUAAAAAUCAAAAAGCCGUGAUUGAAGAUAUGCAAAAUAAUGCAAAAGAAACUAUUGAUAAUAAUGAGUAGAAUUUAGAUAAAAAAUAAAAUAAUUUAGAUUUCAAAAGUAGUAAUAACAAAGAUGCAGAAAAUCCUUCAUGUUAGUUAGAUGAUGAUUAAGUUGAAUCUUUAAAUUAAACUGCUGAUAAAUAAGUAGAAUAGAAUAAUACAUGCAAUUAAGAAGAAACUAAUCAAAGUGUAGACACUUUAGACUCUCAGAUAAAAGAAAAUUAAAAGGUUCCUCAAUUAUAAAAAGAUAAAAAAUAGGGAACUGAAAAAAAGAUAAGCAAUAGGGAGUUAAAGCGUAGAAAAAAGUAGAUAGAAAAGAAUAAUAGUAAUAUAUACACCUAAAAAAAGGUUAAAAAAAACGAAUGGAGUAUGGAAGAUUUCUAAGAAAGAGUUUUAGAUCCAAUAAAAUUAUAAAAUAUUGUUGAUUUACAGAAAAAAUUAUUGACAAACGGUUUUAAAUUAUGUAAAGAGGGAGGCUAUAUAGUCUAUAGCACUUGCAGCUUUGCAAGAAACUAAAACGAAGAUGUUGUUGAAUGGUUUCUCAACGAAUUUAAAGACUAAGUUGAGUCAAUUCAUCCUUUCAACAAUGAUGUUUCUAACAUGCCUGCAUGUAAACCUGGAUUUAUUUAAAAUACUGUAAGAUUUGAUCCUUUUGUUAGUAAAAGUGGAGGAAUGUUUGUUUCAAAAUUCAUUAAAAAAUAGAAACAAUUAUAAAACUGA